UCCCUGAGUGCUGUUGUCAUCUGGACCCGUCUUCAUCUGUGCUCGACCUCAUUUGGCUCCGGUUGAACAUGUCAUCAUCAUAUGCUGCUGCUAUAUCAGCCCUUCUUUCUACCAGCUCUCCUAAUCCAUCCAGCAAGCCUAGACCCCAUCCCACCCAAGACAAAGUUGGAAGUCCUAAACCUGUCCCCUCGCCAAUCGCACCCUCUCACCACCCUCCAGCUGCAGAAAAACAGCCUCAGGAACCUGAGCCUCUAGAGUCUUAUGAUGAGCAACAGGAGAAUCCUGCAGACUACGGGAUAGGUGGUUACUACUCUGUAGAGAUUGGAGAGAUUUUCGUUGACAGAUACCAAGUGGUCAGAAAGUUGGGAUGGGGUCACUUCUCCACGGUGUGGCUCUGCUGGGAUAUGGAGGAGAAGCAUUUUGUGGCCCUGAAGGUGGUGAAGAGUGCUCAAAUAUUUACAGAGACGGCUCUGGAUGAGGUCAAACUUCUGAAAUGUGUGAGGGACAGUGACCCUAAAGAUCUUAAACGUGAGAGAAUCGUGCACCUCAUUGAUGACUUCAGGAUCUCUGGAGAGAAUGGAGAGCAUGUGUGCAUGGUUCUGGAGGUGCUGGGUCAUCAGCUCCUGCGGUGGAUCAUCAAAUCCAACUACACAGGUCUCCCCCUGCCCUGCGUUAAGAGCAUCCUCAGACAGGUUCUGCAGGGUUUAGAUUACUUGCACACCAAAUGCAAGAUUAUACACACAGACAUCAAGCCAGAGAACAUCCUCUUGAGAGUGGACGAGGUUUAUGUUCAGAAACUGGCUGCAAACACCAAGCUGUGGCAUAUGCCUGUGUCCUCUGCUUUCACCAGCUCUCCAGUCAACAGGAGCUCCAGGGAGAAUCAGAGCCUGUCCAAGAUAUUGGGGAAGCUGACCGGGGUUUUCCACACUCUUGGGGAGUGGUCGAGCAAGGUCUCUAGGACCCAGAUUAACCGAUUGACAAGGAGGGACAGGAGACGACGGGGACAGGAGAGUGCAUCUGACCACAGUCAAAAAGACAAACCUCAUGUGGGCUUUGCUGAUGUCACAGCUCCCUCUAGCACUUCCAGCUCCACCUGUCACUCUAAGCUUAAGGGUCCUAACCUCACCUUUAGGAGACAUACGCUGUUGUUGGAAGAUGGACUGGACUCCACUUUGCACAGCCACAGAGACUCCAUGUGCUCGUUGCCAGACCUCAAAAAAGAUGCUGCGGUCUUUGGCUGUAGAUCAAUGUUAUUACAUCAGACUGCAGACAGAGAGCCGCCUCUGCGUUCACCGUCCACCUCAUGUGGUAUCAGUGACUCUGACGAACUUCUGGACCUACUGAAUUCUCAAAAUGCUGAUCAAAUUCUCAUCAAGAUUGCUGACCUAGGCAAUGCCUGCUGGGUGCACAAACACUUCACUGAAGACAUCCAGACGUGUCAGUACCGCUCUGUGGAGGUCCUGAUAGGUGCUGGCUACAACACACCAGCUGACAUUUGGAGCACUGCUUGCAUGGCUUUUGAGCUGGCUACAGGAGACUAUCUGUUUGACCCUCAGUCAGGAGGCACAUUCUCCCGCGAGGAAGAUCACAUUGCACAUAUCAUUGAGCUGCUGGGUCCUCUUCCAUCCAAGUUUAUCGUCUCAGGGAAAAAGUCCAAACGGUACUUCAACCGCAAAGGACAACUGCGGCGCAUCUCAAAGCUGAAGCCCUGGAGCUUGUAUGAGAUCCUGCUGGAUAAGUACGAGUGGCCUCAGGAUGAAGCCGCCCAGUUCAGCUCGUUUCUCCUGACUAUGCUGGAGCUGCUGCCAGAGAAAAGAGCCACAGCUGCACAGUGUCUGAAACACCCCUGGAUCACCUCAUAGACACACCGGCUCUGUGUUGCUCAGAGAUCAAGCGGACUAGUUCUCUGUUCAGGAGCAGCCUCGGACACAUCAGAUAUGACAAGGGACCUGGUCAACUGUGGGAAAUACACUAGUAGUGUGGUGCUGGCAUCAUGAGCACAGCUUUCAUGAAUAUUUACUAGCUUGAGUAAGAGCCAUUUAUCCACUGGGUUGUUUGUUUUUUAGUAUUUUAAUGGCAGUCACAUUUAAUUUAGUCACAGCUAUAACCAAUUUUGUCUUACAGGGAAAGUGCUUUCUAACAUGAUCACAAGGUUCUUGAGUUUCAAUAA